UCGUGCUGAAGUUGCCGGUUUUAUCACGUGACACGAGGCGCGCAUGUGCCCCGCCAUAUUGCACUAAUUGAUGAUUGUUUAGUGUUGGUGAGCUGCUGGAGAUUUUGUAAAGUCUUCCAAACAGACUUUAAACUGUCUUCGAUUAAUUGACGUUUUCUUCACACGUGGCAGCAGUCUCGUAGAAAACCAAAACCUCUUUACAGACUGAAUUUAGUCGUGAAGUUUUGGGUUGCACGUUUGUCCGUUUUUUUCUUAGGUGUUACAUGUGUAUGGUACCCCGUUAGCCGUUCCACUUUUACACCAAGCUCCAAUCCCCCGAACCACUGUCUGCUAAAAUAGACAACUCUUGAUUAAUUUUUGGAAACCAAACACAUUUUCUUUGAUCAUCCAUAAGACAAAAAAUGUCAACGAAAACACGUAAAACCAUAACCACGACGACAAUAUCGUCGUCCGGGUCUGGGGAAGCCGAUAGUGCCGGUACAUCUUCCGGCUCGCCGUCGUUUCUUCGUCGAAGCAGGGCUCCAUCCCCGGCCAGGCUAUCUCGUAUACAAGAGAAAGAAGAACUGCAAAGUCUCAAUGAUCGUCUUGCUAAUUACAUCGAUCGGGUGCGUCAAUUGGAAACCGAGAACAGUCGGUUGAUGGUCCAGGUUCGGUCGUCCGAGGAAACCGUAUCACGCGAGGUAACAAACAUCAAAUCUUUGUACGAGUCUGAGCUGAAUGAUGCCAGGAAACUGCUGGAUGAAAUGGCUAAGGAGAAAGCACGUUUACAAAUAGAAUCGGGAAAAUACAAGGCCGAGGCCGAUGAAUGGCUUACCAAGUACAAUCGCAAGGAGAGAGAACUUUCCGCUGCCCAGAAGAAAUUACUUGAUCUUGAGGCAAUGGUUGGUGAUUUGCAAGCAAAACUUGCUGAGAUGGAAGCCCAGAAGAAGAAGCUGGAAUCACAGAAUAUUUCUCUCCGAGCUGACCUCAGUGCCCUGGAAGUUCAAUUGGCAACAGCCCGCAAACAACUGGAAGAUGAGACAUUGAUGAGAGUGGACCUUGAGAAUCGCCUGCAAAGUCUGAGAGAAGAUAUGGCUUUCAAGUCUCAAGUUUUUGAGCAGGAGCUCAAUGAGACUAGAUCACGCCAGGUCGUCACAGAGGAGGUUGACAGUGGUAUCGCCCCAGCCUAUGAAGAGAGGCUUGCAGAUGCUCUGCGAGAGAUGCGCGAGGAACACGAGUCCCACAUCCAGAUGGUCCGUGAAGAAGUCGAGCUGUUCUAUGAAACAAAACUCAGUGGGUUGCAAGCUCAAAUUGAUCGUGGCCAGAAUGUCUCUAUUUCUAUGCGUGACGAAUUGAAGACUGCGAAGCGCCGAGUGGAGGAACUCCUCUCAGAAUUGUCUAGCUUGAGAGCACAGAAUGCCCAAUUCCUGAAUCGUAUCAGUGAGUUGGAAGGACAGCUUGAGCGUGAGAGUCGAGAAUUCCAUAUGAAGAUUAGCGUGAAGGAUGAAGAAAUUAAGGACCUUCGCAACAAACUUGCUGAUAUGACUGCUGAGUCGGCCGAGCUUUGGAGUAUCAAAGUCAAACUGGAUUUGGAACUUGCUGCAUACCGAAAACUUUUGGAAGGUGAAGAAGAGAGAUUGAACCUCUCUGCCUCCGAAUGCGCUUCUCCCAAGGCUCGAAGUUCGACUCAACUUCGAGGCAAGAAACGCAAAGUGACUACAGAAACCAGCAGCGAAGAGGUCUCUUCAAAGAAUGAAGGUUAUGCCUCAAAAAACCAGUGUAAAUCAGCCUUAAGUAUUGACACAGUAGAUUCUGAUGGGAAGUUUAUCAAAUUAAUCAACUCUGGUGAGAAGGAUAUGGGCAUUGGUGGCUGGCAACUAAAGCAUGAUACCGGAGUAGAUGAGACUGUUUUCAAGUUCCAUUCAAAAGCCGUUGUAAAACCUGGUGCUACAAUCACCGUUUGGAGUGCAGAUAGUGGCCAGACACAUAACCCUCCAUCAGAUUUGGUUAUGAAAUCCCAAAGGUGGUUUGUGUCAGACAGCAUGAGAACAACUUUGUUGAGCAACUCUGGUGAGGAAAUGGCCAGUUGUGAGAUGUCAAAAUCUAUGUUACAUACUUCUUCGAGUUUCAGGACAGCACCCAGAGAUGAGUCUGAUAGCUCUGUUUACCAAUACUCUCGCCGCCAUCUUACUCCCCAAAAGAAAGGCUGGAUAUUCUGGUAAGCUGGAAUGGCUGUGGUGCCAUUAGUGGGCCAGGGAAACGAGUAGACCUGAUAUUUUGGCAGCAUCUACCUACCUAUUAGAUCAUCGACAGUUAUUGCUGAUAGUGGCACAAGAGUGAGGUGUGUGAAACAGACUCUGAGGAAUCGUUGAUAAACACAACCGCACAGAUAUUUCUGUGUGUAACAUUGUUAAUGAGGGGUGGGUGGGAGAAGUCUGUUCUGUUAAAGAAUUUGGUAUUAAAGAAGAAAAAAAAAACAAAAAAAGAAAGUAAAACUUUGGGUUUUUUUUUUUUAUGAAAAGAACAAAACUAGGAAGUAUUUU